AUGCAGUCAUCAAGUUUAGCCCGCCAUCGGCGGAUUCACACUGGCAAGCGACCUUACAUCUGCCAGGAGCCAACAUGCGAAAGAAGCUUCUGCCGUAAGACCACAUUAACCAAGCAUCAACACCGUUCCCAUCCGCCAGGAACAAUGACCAGACCGCCAUCUGAGGAUGCAAUGUCGGAGCAAUCUUACCAAGCCCCAGUCGCUGGUCCAAUCCCAAACGACCAGUAUCUACUUGCUCAGCAACAGUAUUACCACCAGCCCUCGACGCCGAGUCAGGACUUUUAUCCACAACAAAGUCUGCCAGUGACUCAUAUUCCAGUACACGAUACGCCGCCGAUGAUGUCCCAGAAUAUCCCUGUCACGUCACCGCUUGAUGUACAACAUGCGCAACAGCAGUACAUGCAGCAGUUCAUGCAGCAGCGGUACGAUACAACACACCAGAGCUAUAUGCAACCCGGCUUCCAGCAGCAGCAGCAGCAGCAGACAUUUGUUGCGCAGCCUAUGGCUGAAGGGCACCCGCUCAUGAUUUCGUACAAUCCGAAUUUUCACUACAAACAGCCGACCCGAAUUUUAAAUCAACCUGAAGGAACAGACUGGGGCUUCCUCGGAGUAGGUUGA